CGUAAGCGAAUGUCUGUCGAAUAUCCAACUUCAAACUAACUUCACCGCAGUUGACCGCAGUAUUAAUAUCGACAGUUUUUGGUUAAACCACUACAAGCUGCUGGUUCUAUAGCAAAGACAAACAGCAGAACUGGAGUGACAGAACAUUGAAGCAGGACUCACCCUCCCAUGCUGAUCAGAGACAAACUGAAUGGAAUUUGGAGAACAAGGUGCAAAUCAGAAGCAUCAUUAUCAACAUUAUCAGCAUCAAUCAACAGCUGGAUCCUGAGCCAGGCAACUGGACUGAGACCAGCCAACAGAGAUCUGGACCUGAGAGCACUUCAUUCACUUUAAAAGAAGAAGAUUUACUUCUAACAACUACUCUUCAGAGGGCUGGUCCUGGUAUCAUCUGAUUGUAAAUUUUGUACUUUUCGAACAAAAUGCAGGCUGUUAUGGGCAUGCUUUCCAAAGGCCCUAAAAGGCUUGCUGAUGCUGUUAAAGAAAAUAACACAAAGCUAGAACCCCAGACAGGGCCUCUUACUGUUUGUAAAAUUCCUCUAAAACAGGAAAAAAUCAAGGUAAAAGGGUGCAAACAUUUCAGUUUUGGGGAAGAGCCCAAGCAUGGUACAACGAACCGUACCAUCAUGGUUCUGGGAGCGACUGGAGCUGGGAAGUCAACUCUCAUCAAUGGGAUGAUCAAUUACAUUCUAGGUGUUGAAUGGAAUGAUUCCUAUCGAUUUAAGAUCAUUGAUGAGGGUCAGUCAAAAUCACAAGCUGAAAGCCAGACCUCUGAAGUCACUGUGUACAAAAUCAACCACCAAGAGGGAUUUAAAAUCCCCUACUCACUGACCGUUGUUGACACUCCAGGCUUUGGAGAUACAAGAGGCAUAGAGAGAGACAAGAUGAUUGUAGAACAACUAUGUAAUCUCUUCUCUGCUCAGCAUGGGGUCAGUGAAAUCGAUGCGGUGUGUUUUGUAGCUCAGUCUGCUUUAGCACGACUCACACCAUCACAGAAAUAUAUGUUUGAUUCUGUGCUCUCAAUCUUUGGCAAAGAUGUGGCAGAAAACAUCCGGAUUCUGGUGACUUUUGCAGACAGCCAGAAACCACCAGUUCUAGAGGCAAUCAAUGCUGCAGGUGUCCCAUGUCCUAAAACAAAAGGCGGCCUGCCAGUUCACUUCAAAUUCAAUAACUCAGCAUUGUAUGCAGACAACAAAUCAUCUGCAGCAGGCUGCAACAGUGAUGAUGAUGAGGAUGAAGGUGGAGGUUUUGAUCAGAUGUUUUGGGACAUGGGGACAAAAAGCAUGAAGAGGUUCUUUGUUGCUUUGAAUGUCAUAGAGACCAAAAGCUUGACGAUGACAAAAGAGGUCCUCAAAGAAAGAAAGCAGCUUGAGAAUUCAGUUGAAAAUUUGCAGAAACAGGUUAAACUCGGGUUAGCCAAGCUUGAGGAGAUAAAAGAGACAACUGAAAUACUUAAACAGCAUGAGGCAGAGAUCGACAGAAACAAGGACUAUGAGUUUGAAGUCACCGUCAAAAAGCCUGUUCAAAUAGAUAUUUCUGGUACUGGAAUAUACAUCACCAAUUGCCAGCAGUGUCAUUUCACCUGUCACGAUAAUUGUGCCUAUGCAAAUGAUGCAGAUAAAAUAAAUUGUUGUGCAAUGGGACCAGACGGAAAGUGUGAGGAAUGUCCAAACAAAUGUAUUUGGAACAUACAUUUUAAUCAGAAGUACAAAUGGGAGUAUAAAGAAGUUAAAGAAAAGCGAACAGUGCAAGAGCUGCGAGACGAGAGAAGGCCUCUGCUAAGUGUUUAA